GAUCAUAAGUAAGAGGAAGCUCAACAAAGGUCUGUGAUCUGUCUUCCCCUUCUUUUGAGCAAACUCGUCAUUGAGACAUCCUUGUGCCCUCAAUCUUGUACUACAAGAAGCUUCAUAGGACCUUUCGUAAGCACCAUAUCAAGGCGUUGACUUGUCGAUAAACACGUUGAAGCUAGACGAGCAGUAGUCAGACAUGAGUUCCGUUCUCAGCGACAGCAAUGACAUCACAAAUACUCCUCAAGAAGUGAUCAACGAGUUUUGGGACAAACUGAUCACCAAGAAACCCGGCAAAGUUACCCAGGUCUUCCCUCAAUCACUGUAUGCCAAUUUGCUACCGCCACCCCGCAAACAAGGCACGGUCAAAGGGCAAAAUGCGGCCGAGUCCUAUGAGGCGGCAGCAAAAGAAUGUCGAGUUCGUGUUAAGCGCAUCAUAAAAGAAUGCCAAAGCAUGAACGAGAAAUUCACCGACCCAGACUUCGACAUUACAGAUCAGCCAACGAACUGUCUCGAAGGCCUGUUGCAAUGGUACAGAGAACCAGAAUCUCCGUCAUCGGCACAGGUUGUCAGUCCAGGACGCUUGGGUUUUGCACUACGCACGCUUAUUGAGGCGGGUGUAAUUUGUCAGGAAGCUGUGCCCCUGCACCUCAAGAACACUACCGACGUUCUGUCGGGAGAUCUUUCCGAUUCUCAAGACGACGGUCCGCAGUCACGCCACCGCAUCGACUGGAUCUUCGAGGAUCCCAAAUUCGAGAUCGACGGCUACUCAAGCAGCGAUGUUGUGCAAGGUGCCAAUGGCGAUUGUUGGUUCAUUGCCGCAGUCGCAAUGAUUUGCAGCAAUCCAAAUCUGAUUCAAAAAGUGUGCGUCGAAAGAGAUGAAGAAUGCGGUGUGUAUGGCUUUGUCUUUUACAGGGAUGGCGAAUGGACCUGGACAGUUGUUGACGACAAUUUGUUUCUGAGCAAACCCGAUUUCGAUUCUCAGGGAGAUACAUACGACCCUACAGGCAUCAAAGAAACAAAAUACAAAAAAAAUCAUCAGACGGGGUCCGAAGCAUUAUACUUCGCAUCAUGCGCUCAAGAGAAUGAGACUUGGCUUCCCCUUCUUGAAAAAGCGUAUGCGAAGGUGCACGGAGAUUACGAUGCCAUCAGCGGUGGAAUUUCUGGCGAAGCAGUCGAAGACCUUACCGGCGGGGUGACGAGCAAAAUCCUGACUGACCGCGUUCUUAGCAAGGAACGGUUGUGGAAGGAGCUGGAGCUUGUCAAUCAAGACUUUCUGUUCUCUGCAUCGUCACCUGGGUUGUAUGGCGACGACUCUGAUGCCAGACGAGGGCUGGCGCUCAAUCAUGCUUACUCCGUUAUCAAAGUGGUUGAAGAAGAUAGUGAAGAUGGAAAGACCAAGCACAGGCUUGUUCUAAUUAGAAACCCCUGGGGCUCACGGGCUAACGCGGCUAUGGGCGAGUGGACUGGCCCUUGGUCAGAUGGAUCGAAAGAGUGGAACCCCUAUUGGAUGGAGAAGCUGGGACACAAGUUUGGCGACGACGGCCUUUUCUGGAUGUCUUAUGAAGACUUGCUCAAGCGAUUCGAUCUGCUCGAUCGGACCCGACUGUUCGAUCACAACUGGACCAUAGUCCAACAGUGGACAAGUGUACCAGUGGGAUGGGUAACUGGAUUCCUGAACACGAAAUUUUCAGUGGAAAUAAAGACGAAAGGCCCGACUGUUUUCCAGCUUUGUCAACUUGAUGGCCGAUACUUCCGCGGCCUUGAAGGUAAAUACGACUUCGAUCUACAUUUCAUACUGCAGGAGAAAGACACUGAGUCGGGCGAUUAUAUCGUUCGUGCACGUAGCGCGUGGUUUGGCAAUCGUAGCAUUUCGGCUGAGGUUGAGCUGGAGCCUGGUAUCUAUGAGGUCUUACCAAAAAUCGGGGCAAAGCGCAAUGCAGAGUCGCCAGACGUUCAUGAAGUGAUCACGACGGUAGCUGAGCGUAACCCCCAGAAGCUGAGGCAAAUCGGCCUAAACUACGACCUCGCCAAUGCCAAGGGGCUCGUUCAGCUCACUGAUGAAGAGCAGAAGCUAGCGGACAAAAAGAAGAGAGAGGCAACAGAAAUGAAGAAAAGGGCAAAAGACGCUGCUGAUAGAGAGAAGGCAGAGUUUGAAGCGUGGAAAAAGGAGGAAAAGGAGGAGUAUGAGAUCUGGAAGAAAGAGAAGAAACGAUUGGAAGACAAGAUAAAGCUCGUGAAAGCGGAGUCUGGAACUGUUGGCACCGGUCCUGCAGUACCUGCUGAAAAUGAGGAGGUUAAAUCUGCUGCACCUGUCGUCAAUGCGGACAAUGCAGCCUUGAAACUAGAUGAAGAGACCCCGGCAAACACUGCCCCAGAGACCGAUCUUGUCAACAAUACAGUGGGCCUCAAACUGGAUAGCGUAGACACGCCCAGCGGUGACGGUAAAGUAGAACAUACGCUCGAUAAAGACCUUCGGGUCCAGAGUCGUAGCCCGUCACGUGCAUUGUCUCGUGGAAGGCGCCCUGCUCCUCACAUGUAUGAUGCGUCUCGUAGCUACUAUGGAGACGAGCUACAGCCAGAGGCUCUCCCGCGCGCUCGUUCACCCGUAGACACGAAAACCAAGCCCUGGAAUGCAGUCUGCGUUCUGGGUCUUAGAGUCUACAGUCAGGACUCGGGAGUCAGCAUCAAACUGGUGAAGCCAAAGAACGCUGAAGAGGGUGCAAUCUUGGAUGUUGGAGGCGAUACUGCCGCAGGAGCUACAAUGUGACUGGACUGUAUUUCUGGUGCUGAUUGACCCAAAGCUCCACUGGCACUGCUCGCACAUUACAACGCCACCUCGUUUCUUCCGACUGUAUCACAGUACUAUGGGCGGUUUAUUUGAUGUCGGUGAAUAGUAUGGAAGAC